AUGUCACCGACUUCUUUGACCACGGCAAUGCAACCCCCGCCGGGCCCUGAUGCUAAAUUAACACUCCCGGGCCAAUCCGCCACCAACCCUAUCGUGUUCGAGGACGCGAUGAUAGUGCGUGUCCGGGUCUUUGUCGACGAGCAAAAUGUCCCGGCGGAAUCAGAAAUAGACAGUGAUGAUGCGCGCAGCUGGCAAUGGGUAGUUUACGACUCUCCUAGUUCCGCUGCUAAAAUCCCCGUCGCGACGAUUCGACUGGUACCGCCACCACAGCCACCACACGAGCUUCUGACUCACCCUGAAGCAGCGGCAACCCAGAAUUUGCCAGCUUUCGAUUGGUCUCACGAACCGUGUAUCAAAUUGACCCGCGUUGCUGUGAUCCCGGAGUAUCGAGGACAAGGCCUCGGACGCCGUCUUGUCGAGACGGUUCUUACGUGGGCGACGGAACAUGCAGCAGAGAUCGACAAAGCCUCUGCACAGCUUGCAGAGCAGCGCAAUGACCCACCGCCAUCUCAGAAGUGGAAGGGGUUGGUCCUUUUACAUGCACAAGUGGAUGUCGAGCAAAUGUAUCAACGCAUGGGCUUUACAACAGAUGAGUCACUUGGCCGGUGGGAUGAAGAGGGCAUCGACCAUGUUGGGAUGUAUCGGCGACUCACGAUAGCAUGA